UCAGUAAUGUCAAUGAAUAGUGUUGUCACCUCUGUCACUGAAGCGAUUCAUUGUUUUGUUGUUUUCUCCUAAAUCCCGUUGAUCAUCAUCAGCCGUCCUACAUUCGGUUUGGUUCGAUUUAAAUGAUUCGCGCGGAGUGAUCAAGCACGACUUGAUGUGAACGUGGCUCGACAGUGAACAAGAAAGCAAUGGGGAUAUUCGGGAACUCAUCGCCUUUCGACCAAGAUGUCGAAAAGGCGACAAACGAGAACAACUCGAGUGAAGACUGGGCCUUAAUCCUAGAGAUCUGCGACCGCGCAGGCGCCGGGGCGACCGCGGCGAGGGACUGUCUGCGCGCCGUCACGCGUCGAUUGGCCCACACCGACCCUCAUGUACAACUGAAGGCCGCGACCCUCCUCGACGCCUGCGUCUCCAACUGCGGCCGCAACUUCCUCCUAGAGGUCGCCUCUCGCGACUUUCUUCACGAGUUCCGCCGUCUGCUAGCGCGAGCUCAGCCUCCUGUGGCGCGCCGACUACGAGGACUGUUAAAAAAAUGGGCGGAGAAUGAGUUCAAGGGCGAUCCGCAGCUCGAUUUGGUGCCUUCGCUGUAUUUGAAGUUACGCGUUGAAGGCCACGACUUCGAAACCAGCGAACCUGCGGCCGCCCCCGCCCAAUCCGCGACGUCCGCCGCCGCGGCCCGCGAGCACGACGACCUCGCGCGCGCCAUAGAGCUGUCCCUCCGCGAGAGCGGCGCCGGCGCCGGCGGCGGCGGCGUGACCGGCGGCGCGCUGUACCCGCGCGUGGAGGCGGCGGGGGCGCCGGCGCCGGGGCCCGCGCCCCCGCCGGCGCCGGUGCCCGCCGCGCCCGCGCCCAGGAAAGUGCGCGCGCUCUACGACUUUGAGGCCGCUGAGGAUAAUGAGCUGACGUUUUUAGCUGGAGAGAUACUGUGGGUGACGGACGCGAGCGACCCCAACUGGUGGAAGGGGAGCAACGAGCGCGGCGAGGGGCUCUUCCCUGCAAACUUUGUCAGUGCCGAUCUCGAGCCUGCUCCAAAGAUCGAGUCGCGUUCAGGCGGCAAGAGCGUCCAGUUCGCGGCCUCCUCCGGCCCUAUUCAAGAGGAAGAGGAGGAGCCGGAAAUAGAUGAAGCGGCGUUAGACGCGGCGUUGCUCGCGUUACAUGAGGCUAGCCCUGAAGCACCCGCUCCUGGGGAAGAGGAUCUCGCUAGGCACGAGGCUCGCGCGCUCCGUCAGGCCGGCGUGGUGGACGCGGCGCUGCAGCGCGCCGACGCCCGCCACGCGCGCCUCACGCAGCUCUCCGCCGAGCUCGUCGACGCGCUCAACCUCUACCACCACCUCAUGCGGGAACCCCUCAAGCCUUACAACAUGCCUCAGCCACAUAUACCGGGGGUGCCUCCUGGUGUGCCAGGUGUGCCGGGGCCGGCGCUGCCGCCACACCUGCAGCAGCUGCACUACUUCCCGCCGCCCGGCCCGCAGCAUCCUCCCGGACAACCGCCGCAACCUAGGUGCUGAGAUCGCGGCGUUGUUAAUACGAUUUUAUUUUAUUACCGACUUAUUGUUAAUCCUGUACCCGUAUUUAUUUCCAAGCACAUUAGUCGCAAAAUCGCAUUCCGUGCCUCCGCGCACUGUUUGUACCUUAAAGGGUUAGGUUAGUGUAAAAUUAUCUGAGAUUAUUUGAAUUUAUUUAUGAGGGUUCUUGAUAUCGUUGAUUUUGGAGUAUGGCGGCUAUAUGAACGUCUACAUAUAUCAAAUUUUAGACAAAUCUUAAGGUAACAUUCUAAUGGCGUCUGCAGCAGCUUUGCAGUAGUAACGUUGCUGCAAUUGUUAUCAGAAUGUCACCUUAAGUAGAGGGAAUAUGUAUUUUAAUGUAUGAUUUCAAUUCGAACCGCUGCUGCAGUACGUUACGUACGUGUACGUUACGCCGUAUUCUAAAUAGAAACACAAAACGGUGUGCUGUCGCUUGCAGUCGGAAUUGAAAUUUUACAUUUAGUUACCUAUAAAAAGCGAUGUCACCAACUAUCAAUAAAUAUUUUCGAAUAGGACUGUUUUAUUCCCGUGUAAGAAAUAUUAAAGAGUUAUUUAAAUUGUGGGAGUUGUUGAUGGAAAUAUUUUAAUCGAAAUUUGUCUGUAAGCAAGUUUGUGUAUAAUAAUGGACAUGCAAUAAAAGACUAAUCAUUA